UUUAAUCAGCAGAUGGGAGGCAGGUGUGAGUUUCUAGCUGGUGUGUUUUAACCGGACUCUGAACGCGGACUCAGCCACCCAGAAACGAUAACUUGGACUCCCUUUAGCGACCUCAAAACAACUUGUUGGAUUCGGGAUGUCCGCCUGGUUUUGUAUUUUAGUUUUUGUUUCGGCCGGUCGCUUUGAAACCACCGGACAAGUAAUGACCGGUCAGCCACUCGAGGUCCCGGUUAACAGCAGCAAGGUUUUAACUGCAGCACGGUUUGCUGUGGUUGAAUUCAACAAAGCCAACGUAGAAGAUCAGUUUGCUUACAAAAUUGUCAACGUAACAUCGGCUAAAAUGCAGGUGGUCGCAGGAAUAAACUACAUCCUGGAUAUGCAGCUGGGACGUACAUCGUGCAACAGAAGCCACACUGUUGACAGCGAGCCAUGUGUUUUCAGCUCUGAACCUAAGGAACUUCAGUGCCACUUCGUCGUUACAGAAAUCCCUUGGAAAAAUUUACGUGUGCUUACUCAAAAGAAGUGUCACCCACCUAAUUACUGACUGAUUCUUGUUGACAAGUAAACAGUUAUCACUGAACAGUGUAGUGUGUUUCAGAAAUGGAGCUUAUUAAUAUCCUGUCCACACCCUGCAUUUAUGCUCAUAAACCAAUGGUUUCAUUGGCUCCCAGAGAUGCCACUUGUUCUAACACUGAGCUGAAUAAGUUCAGUGACCUGCACUCACGCUGCAUUGUAUAGGGCGAAAAAUGGCAUAAUUAUUCCAGUGAGUGACCGGGGCAGCUUUACUGUGCCUCAUCUCUCAGUGUGUGUCCUGGCAGCUGUAAGGCUCCGGUUGCGUGUCAAGCUUGGUCAGACACAUGGCUGCUAAACGGAGACGAGGCUACACCUCUCCGCACUACAACCACGGUCUCCAGAAGGGCUCUGCAUGGAGGAUUACAGGCAUUUUCAGAUUACUGCUCAGCAAGACUGAACUGUCUGCUGCUCUGACCCCCUUUUUUUUUUUUUUACAGGGGGAAAUAGCUCACUGAUAAUGUGCAGAUAAACACACGGCAUGGGGGGGAAAUUGUGUCAAAUACUGUAUGAGGAUGUGUGAGACAGGGUAGUUUGUUUGGGGCAGCAGUUGUGUGUUUGUGUACAUAA